AUGUUGGUAACAUACCCCAUCCAUGUGGAAGUGGGAUCCCCUUUCCCCAUCGAAAACAUUCCCUUCGGUGUGUUCUCUACGAUUGAAAAGCCUGUAGCACGCAUCGGGACUAUCAUCGGUGAUUUCAUUCUUGAUUUGAGCGUCUUAGCGUCGAGAGGCAUCUUCACAUCCCCCAAAGGCAACGGAGCGGCAAAAUCAUCUUCAUGCCGCGAUACCGGCUCUGUCUUCUUUGAACAGACCCUGAACGCCUUCGCCGCUCAAGGCCGGGCCUUCCACUCCUCCAUACGCAUGCAAAUCAUCCAUCUUCUAUCCAACCCUAACUCCAUCUUGUUCACCGACGAUGCGCUCAACGGUCUCGCUUUUCUCCUCGCGAGGAACGCAACCAUGCAUCUUCCCAUGCACAUCCACGGCUUCGCUGACUUCCUGUGCUCGGAGGUCCAUGCCACAAACUGCGCCCGUAUUGCAGGCCAAUCCCUCCAUCCCAGCUUCUACGGGUUUCCCACCGCGUACAACGGUCGCGCCUCCUCCAUCGUCCCCAGCGGAACGCCAGUGAAACGGCCUCGUGGCAUGCUUAAAGGGCCGCCUGCUGCUGCUCCUAUUCUCAACGGCACCAAAGAUAACACCGGGUACAGGCUUGGACCGACUGCUCGCCUUGAUUUUGAGCUCGAGAUCGGCGUUUUCAUCUCCAAACCGGUCCCUUACGGCCGAGACGACGUGACUGCGGACGAGGCAGCAGAGGAACACAUCUUCGGGUUUGUGCUGCUGAAUGACUGGAGUGCGAGGGACGUGCAGUUCGCGGAGAUGGUGCCGCUAGGGCCGUUCAACGGUAAGGCGACGGCCACGACGAUAAGCCCUUGGGUGAUCAUGCCUGACGCGCUGGAGAAUGUGGCAUGUGGAAGCAGCGUGGAGAGGGCAAGGGAGGAGAUGGACUUGUGGCCUAGACAUCUGCAACAUAGCGCCGCGUCUUUCGAGAAGAGCACGUUUGAUGUGGAGCUCGAGGUCGCGGUUAUUGGGAAGGACGGAGUCAGGGACGUCGUGUGCGAGUCGAAUCUGAGACAUUUGUACUGGAGCCCGGCGCAGAUGGUGGCGCAUCAGGCUUCUUCAGGGUGCGGCCUCAAAGAGGGAGACUUGAUUGGAACGGGCACGAUUUCUGGGCCGAACCACAGCGAUCAGACACCGCGCCUGGGGUGUUUGUUUGAGCUGACAGAGGGCGGGAGAAGGAGCGUGAGCUUGAAGUCGGGGAGGAAAUUGACCUGGUUGGAGGACGGGGAUGAGGUGGUGUUCACCGGGUGGGCGAGGGCGGCUGGGAGAAGCAUUGGCUUUGGCGAGGCGAGAGGACUCGUCAUGCCGGCUGCUUUGUAG